AAUUUAUUGUUUGAGGUUUAUUGUUCACAUGUUUCUAUUAUUGAUUGACUUUAUCUUUGGCAGGUUGAAUACUUAACGGAUUUCAGACAAAGGAGAGGUGUGUGAGUGUGUAUUGUCUCCGACCGCGACAGGUCUCUCGAAUCUACUCGCUUUCGAAGUUUCUUCGUUUCGGUGCGGCUGGGCCUGGGUUCGAGUCGGGGUCGCGAGCAGGGCAGGGCAGAGUCGAGUCGGGGAACUGUAGACAGUGUUUAGAAAGCUGGUGUGGUGGUUUUAAAAGAAUUCUCCACAGGGGUGCCUACACAACAAAACCAAGAUGGAUGCCAUCAUAGACAAGGUCAACGAUACCUACAAUUUCUACCUCUAUACAUUAACAUUCAGUGAUCCUAGGGUAGAGGAUUGGUUAUUCAUGGAGAGUCCUAUCCCGACGAUCGUCAUCACUGCUCUGUACCUCGUCAUGAUCCGGGUGGGACCGAAGAUGAUGGAGAACCACAAGCCACUGGAACUCAAGAAUUCUAUGAUCCUCUACAAUUUUGCCUGCGUCCUCCUCUCUGGUUACAUCGUCAUAGAGGGUAUAUAUUGUGGGUACAAGGGAGGGUAUAGCCUAAGCUGCCAGCAAGUGGUCCAUAGCUAUGAUGAAUAUGAACAUAGAAUCGCCAAAGCUCUCUGGUGGUUUUACUUCUCUAAAUUCUUUGAGAUGUUGGAUACCACGUUCUUUAUACUGAGAAAACGGAACAACCAAGUCACAUUUCUUCAUGUCUACCAUCAUGCCUCCAUGUUUGUGUUGUGGUGGAUAGGCAUCAAAUGGGUUGCCGGAGGACAAGCCUUGUUUGGAGCCGUCCUGAACUCCUUCAUUCAUGUUGUGAUGUAUAGCUACUACUGCAUCGCUGCCAUGGGGCCCCAAUUUCACAAAUACCUCUGGUGGAAGAAGUACCUAACCAUCUUGCAAUUUGUCCAGUUUUGUCUUGGUAUGGCUCAUGCGAUCAACUCCCUCUACGUGCAAUGUCCCUUCCCCCUGUGGAUGCAGUACGGCCUCAUCGGCUACGCCACAUCCAUGUUCCUCCUCUUUUCAAACUUCUACCUCCACGCAUACAUCAAGGGCGAACGCCUCCCCAAGGCGCAGCUCAAGCUCGUCCGCGCAUCGGAGCAGAACGGCACGAAAACGGACGUGCUGAAGAACGGCGCGGAGGGGGACGGUGUCCGGAAUGGCCGCGGGAAAGGGAAGAGUAUAGGAGAAAGUAAGAAGGUGAAAUAAAUCAUGGGCUGGAUGUUUUCAAAGUAUGUUGUGAGUGAUGUCCCUACACAUUUUUUCAAUACAUGGAAAAUAUAAGAUUUUUCUCCCAUUGAGAUACAGGAUGAUUAUUGCUUUUAUCGGGUGAUUUCAAGAUCAGCUUUCUGUGUUUGUGUUGUUUUUGAGGGCGUGAAGAAGCUUUUAAACCAAGAUCCAACAAGGAGCUGGGUUCUGAAGUAAGUUCAUACGAAAGAUACCGAAUCCCCAAACUUGAGUUUUUGAUUGUAUGUGUGUAGUU